AUGUCGGCGCGCGAGGGAAGGGGGAAGUUGCCGUACUCCUGGAGACCGGCGAGCAUCCGGCUCGUGAUGGCCCUCGGGUGCCGCUCCCGUAGCUUCAUCCGCUCCGUUUCCUUUUCCCUCUCUUUCCUACUCUUGGUUUCAGUCGAACUGGAAUUGAUUUGGAAGCCUACCCAAGAUCGAGAGUCCCGGUGGUGGGUCUUCCUAAAGCCUUCCAAGUGGAUGGGACGGGUACCUUCUAAUAGACCACUUAACCAAGGUCUCAAAUGUAAUUUCACAUGCCAACAAGAUCCUACAGCUAUGAGCUCGCAUGGUACAAAGCCAUGCAAUGGCAUGCAGCCACAUGCACAUAUGACAGCUCAUCAUAGUACAAGGAAUAGCAAUCCCUAUCCAUAUUGCCAUGUGUCUUCAUCUAAUAACCUAGCUAUGAGCUCGCAUGGUACAAAGCCAUGCAAUGGCAUGCAGCCACAUGCACAUAUGACAGCUCAUCAUAGUACAAGGAAUAGCAAUCCCUAUCCAUAUUGCCAUGUGUCUUCAUCUAAUAACCUAGGUCUAGAAUGA